AUGACACCGGAGGAGGAGGCUGCUUACGAGGAGUUCAAGCAACAGCGCAAGGCCGAGCGGCAGCUGCAGCGAGACGAAAGCAAGCGGCGGCGUACGUUCGACCCCCUCAGCGCCCGCCGCGGCGCGCCCGCGCCGAAAAUCAGCAGCGCCCCUCCCCCAACACCCGUCGCUGCUGUGGGGCCCGCCAGCGGCGCCCCUGAACCCCCCACGCUGCGCCCCGCCGCGCCGCCAGUGGCGCGCCGGCCGCAGCCGCAGGCCUCGGCGCCGGCCUCGGACCCGCGUGCGGGCGCACCCCAGGAUGACGACAUUUCGGCACUGGUGGCGUCCAUGAUGGCGGACGGCGGCAUCCCGGAGGUCGAGGUGCUGCCGGAUGACGAGGACGAGCUCGCGGCAGAGCUGCGGCGCCGCGACGCGGCCGCGGCGGCGCGCGAGGGCGCGCUCCGGCGCCAGCGCGUCGCGGUGCCCGCGCGGCGGCGGCGGAUGACGCCCGCGCAGCUGCGCGCCGCGGCGGCGGAUGCUGAGAAGCGGCUGCUGCAGCAGCUGGUUGGAGCUGACGAGGAGGACGAGGACGAGCUGGACUGGGACGCCCUGGGGCAGUUUGAGGAGUUCGAGGCGGCGGCCAAGCGGGAGCGCGAGCAGCAGGAACAGCAGCGGCAGCGGCGGGGCCGGCAGCAGCAGCAGCAGCGGCAAGCGCCGGCCCAGCCGCAGGCACCGGCUGCGGCAGUUGGCGCCUCGCAGCCGGCGCAGCAGCAACAGCAGCAGCAGCAGCAGCAGCAGCAGCAGCAGCGGCAGCAGCAGCAGCAGCAGCAGCAGCGGCGGCAGCCGCAACCGGCGGCGGCGUCGGCGCCGUCAGGGGCGCUGGACCGGGACCUCAAUGAAUUGGAGGGCCUCCUCAAUUUGUUCGAGGCGAUGGAGUCGGGUGGCGCGGCCGCACCCAAGCGCAAGGCCGCCGCCAAGGGCAGCGGCGGUGCAGCGGCAGCCGCCGGUGGCCCUGGCGGCGACGACGAUGGCGAGCUGGAUUGGGGCCAGCUGGAGAAGGCACUGUUGGGUGAGGGGUGGGAGCAGGACCUGAUCGCUGAGCUGGCGGCAGACCUGGAUGCUGCGGCAGAGGAGGACGAGGAUGAGGACGAGGACGGCCGCGUCGAGGGCAAGGAGGCCACGCGUGUGCAGGGGGCGGCUGCGGGGCCUGCAGACGAGGCGGAGCCGUGGGCGGACGAGGUGACGACGCUGCUGCUGGGGCUGGUGAUGCAGUCGCAUGAGAAGUACCUGGAGAAGCCGCUGCUGCCGGACGCCGUCUCCGAGGAGGAGCGCGCCGCCGCGGUGUGGGCCGCGCCCUUUGUGCUGCUGGUGCUGGACGACAGCCGGCAGCAGCAGCUGGAGUAUGCAAACGCGGCCGCGGAGCGGCUGUUCGGGCGCGGCUACCUGGACCUGUUUGGCACCGAGGGGCACGAGCUCGUGGCGCAGGACGAGGCCGCGCAGGCGGAAUGGGCGUUUGCGCUGCGGGACGCGGACGAGUCGUCCCGCCGCUUUGCGGUCGUCCCGCGCCUCGCGCUGGCCGCGGCCGGCGGGCGGCGCGUCGUGGCGCGCGACGCGGCGGUGUUCCGGGUGGACAGCCUGGAGGGCACGCCCGUGGCGCAGGCCGUGUUGAUCAGGGAGUGGGGCGCGGAGUGA